AUGCCUCUCGACAAGCCAUACGGUGGAAUCAAACGAAAGCUCGUGUUGGGAAUAGAUGUUGGGACGACCUACAGCGGCGUCUCAUUUUGCAUUCUCGACCCAGGAGAGAUCCCUCAAAUUCGCAGCGUAAUACGGUACGCUAUUGAGGAGAACAACUUCAGGAACCCAAAGGUCCCCACGAUCGUGUACUAUGGCAAAGAUGGAACAGUUCGUGCAGUGGGAGGGGAGGCCAGAUUAGACGCCAAUCGACUCCAAGCCUUGGAUGAGGGCUGGGUGCUGGCGGAAUGGUUCAAAUUACAUCUUCGUCCACGCGAAUUGGCGUCGGAUGAUGAAGAUUUGCCAAUGCUUCCACCGAGCAAGACCGUUGUACAGAUCCUGGCGGAUUUUAUGCGAUACCUAUACAAAUGCGCCAAGGAGUACAUCUCCCAGGAACACCCAAUCGGACGUCGACUGUUGCAGUCGCAGUCCGAUGUCGAGUACGUUCUGGCCCACCCUAAUGGAUGGGGUGGCAGCCAACAAGCAAAGAUGCGGCGAGCCGCGGUAUUUGCAGGCCUCAUUCCAGACUCGGACGACGGUCAAUCGCGGAUCCACUUCGUGACAGAGGGAGAAGCUAGUCUGCAUUAUUGCUUAACUAAUGGUCUCGCUGGAGAUGCUGUCCAGACCGGAAGCCAAUUGAUGAUCGUCGACGCUGGAGGAGGGACUGUUGAUCUGAGUACAUACAGGAUUACGAGCACGAUACCUGCCAAGGCCGUUGAGAGCACUGCUCCUGAUUGCGUCAUGCAGGGAUCGACAUUUGUCAAUGUCAGAGCUGGACAAUUCCUCAGAGACAAGCUUGAGAACUCCCGUUUUGGCAACGAAGAAUAUGUCGAAACGAUGCUCGAGUGUUUCGAGAACUCUACCAAGCCUACAUUCAGGGACCCUACGAAGGCUUCCUAUAUUAGGUUUGGUGGUCCUCGAGAUACCGAUGAGCAGCGCGGUGUCAAGAGAGGAACGUUGACUUUGUCUGCGUCGGACAUGACUACACUCUUCCGACCCUCCGUCAGCGCUAUCGAGGAUGCAAUGAGGAGACAAUCGUCAGGGGCCAGCGGACAAUCAACGUCAAUGGUGCUGCUGGUGGGAGGGUUUGCGGCGAGCCCAUAUUUGCGUACCGAACUUCAGAACUACGCAAACAGCUCCGGCUUAUCGCUAUUCUAUCCCGAUAGUGGACAGAGUCAGCCCGUCAAAGCUGUCGCGGAGGGUGCACUCUCUUAUCACCUCGAUGAUGUUGUGUCGGCACGUGUGGCGAAGUAUGCCUACGGAUCGUCUUGUUUCCGCCCCUAUAUCCCGUCCUUGCCCUCCCAUGAGGCACGACGAGACAAGGUCCGCCGUGCCGCAUCGGGUCUCCUGUCUAUUCCGGAUGCCUUUACGACCAUCUUACCUAAGGGAACACUAGUGUCGAAGGAGGAGGAGUUUGCGGAAUCCUUUGUGGCGAUUGGCCCGCUCUCCAACAUCAAUGUGAUCUUGCGAGACGUAACCCGUUACAAAGGAUCUGAAAGAAGCCCGCGAUGGAUGGAUGAAGAGCCGGAAAUGUUUGACACGCUGUGCACUAUACGCGCGGAUAUCUCGCACAUUCCGACAGUGCGAAAGCGAGGUCUGCAAGGCGACUAUUACGAGCAACGUACGAAGACGAUCUUCCUGUUUGACCUAACUGAGCUGAAGGCGCAAUUGUCUUGGAUGGAGAAUGUGAGUUCGUCACGACAUGAUUCUCCAAUCGCACCCACCUAUAAUAAAAACUUUAGGGUCAGGAGAAAAGGUGCUCAUUCAUGA